UUGGAGAUUGGCCGUACAGCGAAAUAAAGGUUACUUGAGGUGAUUGACCUUUAUACCUUUCAAGAUGGCGUCGAUCAGCCAAAUGUGGAGACAGUUGAAGUCAAAAUACAGCAUUUACCACGUCUUUGUGUUCUUGCUGACAUUUUUCAGCUAUGCGUUCUUCCACGCCACAAGAAAAACCUUCAGUAACAUCAAGACCACCAUCUCCUCAGAGUGGACUCCCCAGUUCUGCAAUGCUACAGAGCCAUGUCUGCGGCCAGAGAAGAUCUGGAUGGCCCGCCACCUGUUUGACUCCAGCAGUGAUGCUGAACCCUUCCUGGGCUGGCUGGACUCCACCUUCCUCAUCUCCUACGCUGUGGGUUUAUACAUCAGUGGUGUUCUUGGAGACAGGUUUGACAUGAGGAAGGUGCUGUCCCUGGGGAUGUGUCUGUCUGCUAUUGUAGUGUUUGUGUUUGGGUGCCUGACAGAGUGGAUCCAUCUCUACAGCCAGCCAGUCUAUGUCAUCCUGUUUGUGCUGAACGGACUGCUACAGUCCACGGGAUGGCCGUGUGUGGUCGCCAUCAUGGGAAACUGGUUUGGGAAAUCAACACGAGGCCUUGUCCUGGGUGCUUGGUCUGCCUGUGCUUCUGUGGGUAACAUCAUCGGAGCCUUGCUGGUGUCACAGGUUCUGGACUAUGGUUAUGAGUACGCCUUUUUGGUGACAUCAGCCGUGCUUUUUGCUGGAGGAAUUAUCAAUUUUUUUGCCCUGGUGCCUUCUCCAAAGGAAGUUGGUCUCCCAGAACCUGAGGAUGGAGAUGAUGAUGAUGAUGACAGUGAGCCCAGUGGUGAGGAGGAUGAGAAUGGUGUCACACCGAGAACCCCACUAGUGCAGACUGACACUGACCCUCCCGUGACCUUCACACAGACACGCCCCCAGGCCAUCAGCUUCUUCCAGGCCGUCCUUCUCCCCGGGGUCAUACCUUACUCCCUGUCCUACGCCUGUCUGAAGCUGGUGAACUACUCCUUCUUCUUCUGGCUGCCGUUCUACCUGCACUCCCAGUACGGCUGGAAGGAGACAGUCGCUGAUGAGAUCUCCAUCUACUACGAUGUGGGAGGGAUCAUAGGAGGCAUGAUUGGCGGCUAUCUGUCAGACCGUAUGAAGAAGCGAGCCCCCACGGUGGUGACCAUGUUGUUACUGGCCCUCCCCUCCCUCUGGGGCUACAGUGCUUCCCCAAACAACAAAACCAUCAAUGCCGUUCUUAUGGCCGUAGCUGGGUUUUUCAUCGGAGGUCCUGCCAACCUGAUCAGUUCUGCCAUCUCGGCUGACCUUGGACGACAGGACCUGAUCAAGGGCAACAGCGAAGCCCUGUCCACGGUCACGGGCAUCGUGGAUGGGACAGGCAGUGUGGGGGCGUCUGUAGGACAGAUUGUGGUUCCUCUGCUUCACAAACAGCUACACCUGGACUGGCACUGGGUCUUCUACUUCUUCAUACUGAUGACGUUGCUGACCGCGGUGUGUAUCCUGCCCCUGCUGGUGAGGGAGGUGCGCAGCAUGAAGUGUUUCCUGAACUACCAGCUGAGACGGCAGGCGGCAGCCCUGGUACAGGACACACACAGGCCACACUCCCUCAACAGUUGAAGCUGGCUGACUCUAGAAGAAAGAUGAAGUGCAAUUUCAAGGAACCUUCCAUUGUGGAAAACACUGUAUAUAGAUAUGUAUAUAUUAUUUUCCAUUAACUUGCCAACUGCUGCCCACUUGCCAGGGACCCCUGCAGCAGUAUAAUCAAUGUACUGGACCACUAUUACAAGAAAUGUAAAUGACAAGAGCUUUUUUAUAAUGAGACAUGGAUACUUGUUCUCCUUAAAACCCUUAAACUGCCAAGCCCGGAUAUAUCCGGCAACAUAUGCAUGCCCUGUGUGCUGCACCCGGAUACAUCCGGGAAAGCGUAUUUCACUGAAUCGGCAGGUUUGCGUGCCUGUAGCACACAAGCCCCGGAAGUUAGGGACUUUGACCUUGUUCAUGGGUUUCUUUUUGAAGGUCAGCGGCCAACCAUGGCACUGAUAGCAAUUUAAAGGGCUGGAAGUCUGGCAGUUUAAGGGUUAAACUAAUAAGCAGGGUAGUACGUGUGACUUACAAAAGCAGCCUGAUUAUGGUACUUUUUCAGAGGUCAAUAUUGUACAUGAAAAUAGUGAUUUAUGUACUACAUGUAAAUAGCAAAUGUGCCAAACAGCAACUUUAGGUUAAAAAGUAAUUGAGUUCAUUUUUCAGUGAAAACUUACUUGACUUUAUUUUUUAGAUGAUUGGUUAUGUAAAUUGGAAUUGGUUAUGUAGUAGAUCCAUGUUUGUUAAUAUGCAGGUAACAGACGUUAGCGUUUGUUACAUUAUCCUUGACCUUUUUCCUUUGAAAUCAUUUACAGUUUUGGCUACAUCACUUGGGCAUAAGAGGACAUACCUUGGCACAUUUAAAAAGUGGGCAAAGAAAACAGUUGUAGGAAGAGGUAUGGGACAUGAAAUUCUAGUUUAUUCUGAAUGCAAUGCACAAAUUAUAAAAAAAUACAGGUUUGGUAGUGCUUAUCUUACUAAUGGGCUCGUAGUCACUGCGCCAACAUACUGGACCAGAAUUUAGAUGUAAUAUACAAGUGACGUCGUUUCGGAUAUUCACCCCCAUGUAAUGCAAUUACCUUUGUUACGUAUCCAAACAAUGGCCCUGUAAAAGUACAUGUACUUCCAUGAGCAAACAUAGGGUCAUGAAAAUCAUAAUAGAAGGGGUAAAGCUUUCAACAAGCUAGCAAUCCUGAACAUACAUACCAUCACACAUGAUUGAAGAUUGUGUCAGUACUUUAAUGUGGUGUACUUUUGCUUUUUGCACUCUGUAUACAUAUGUUACACAGGCAUUUAAAUGCAAUCAUCUAAUGACAGUAACAACUAAACAUAGCAGAAACUUUUGGCUUUGGCUAUUAACAACCAAGGACAUUUGAAACAACAGUUUUAUGAAGGCAGUGUGCACAGUGGAAAAAAAAAUUAACAGUCAAAGGCUCCGCUCCUCUACAUUUCCAGUCAACAAUCAUAUCCAAUCUGUUUGUCUAGGAUGAAGCAGAUGUUACAAUACAAAUAUCAGCUUAUACAAUCUUUUGUUAUUUUCUUAUUUGCCCAUGCAUCAAAGGCAUUCACUGCCAGCAGUGGUGAACAUUCUGACCAUGACAUUUGUACAUGAUCAUGUCCAUAUUAGGAGAGGUUAGCUGACAUUUACACAGCCAUGCCACAAUGUCUUUGCACACUGGUAAAUUAAACUAGAUAAAGCGAUGUAGUUAUGUCCCUUAAGGCACUACAAUUAAGGUACAGAACUUGCCAAUACCAUACAUACGAAACAGUCCAUAUCUGCUACAUCAAGGACAACAAAAUUGUGUUUAUAUGUCUGCAGCUUAUACUAAGUUACUAUUCUGUUUGAAUCAAUUUUUUCGUAACUUCAAAAUUAAAAAAAAUACCUUGAAAACCAUAAGGCACUUUCUACUCAUUGCACUUUGAUUUGAUUUGUGAAUAAUUUCCACAUACUGUACAAAAUUUGUUUUUUUACAAAGGCCUCAGAUACAAAAAAAAAAAGAAGAAGAUUUUCAAGGCAUUUGAGUUUGUGAGAAGGGUCGAGUAAGAACUCUAAAUCUUCAGAAUGCCAGAAAAACAAAACACUGGUAUUUAGGAACUAAAACAAAAUGCAAACCUGUACAAGUGACUCUCUUUACAUAAGGACCAUCUGGACAAGGGGACCAGUUUUUGGUGGUUCCAUAUAAUUACUUCUUUUUCCCAUUGACACAUUCAAAUUUAGCAUUAAUAAUCCUGUCUAUAGUAACCAGCUGUCCACAUAAUGUAAAUUUCAUUAACCCCUUUGUGGACUUCUUGGGCAGUUUUGACUGUACCAGUAAUACAACUGUUGACAAGGGACACAACCUAGAUCCAACACUAAGAGUGAAUAACAUAAUUCUAGUAAUGUAUUACACAAUACAGUGAUGAUUGUCUUUGUAUGGAACAGCCUUAGCAGGAGAUACAGAACACCCAGCAAUGAUUGCUGAUUAUAACAUUAUGAAAUAGGUUUAAACAAAAACUAUCCAUUCACGAAUAGCUCAGUUCUGUAACUAGAGACUUAAUCUUGACUUAGAUGAUGCCUCUGUAUAAUUCAUUACCAACAACUGUAUGUUUUAACAACGUCGCAAGACUUCUUAGUAUAGUACUGUUUGCAACUGCUACAUACAAUUUACAAAGACAUUCAUAAACAUUCCUUCACAAGGUUACAUACUCUGGAUAUUAUAUACUUUAAUUGUUAUCCC